AUGGCCACUGAUACAGAGAUGACUGAAGCCUCCCCUGUUGAUACUCUGCCGCAACCGAACAAUAGUGGUUGUAUGCACAUGUCUUCCCUAUCCUCAUCUUCAUCCAUAUCUGACGCCGAGACUGAACGUCGAGGCCGAUCAGAACGACCCCGUAUGGCUAGCCGAAAGCCCAGUGCAUCAAUAUUGGUGCCCCGUGAUCAUCCGGAAAUCGAAAUCGAAGAGGAGGAAUUCCCCCCAGAUGAUGCCCGCGCAAUGAGCCCCCGCCGAAACUCUGCCGAUUUGGAACGUUUGGGCAAAGAGGCGCGUCAGACUCUGCAAGAGCAAGCCAAGGCCCUUCAAUCAUCCUUACAAGCCCUCGCCGAGCGUAUCGACGCGGUCCAAUCCGAUCACGACAAGCUCCAAAGCCAGAACAAGAUCCUCCAAGAUUACAUUGGCGGCCUUACCCGCAAUAUGACCAAGAGCGAAAUGACUCGGAGUACCAAGGCGCGUAAGGCGCAGAAAUGA